GUGGAAAUAUGACUUUUGAAGAUUUUGUUGAUUAUCGCCCUAUAGUUCGUGAACCUAUAAUUGGAUCUUAUCAUGGACGAAAAGUGGAAGAAAUUAUUUCUAAAGAAUUUGCUGCACGUGUACGGCAUAAUGUUUCAGAGACUCGUACCUAUAAACCAAACUAUUAUGAUCCAAUCUUUGAUUUUGGUGAAGAUCAUGGAACAACUCACAUUUCUGUUAUUGAUGUUAAUAAUAUGGCGGUGUCCUUUACUUCUACGGUCAAUCAAAUUUGGGGAGCACGUGUUUUAGAUAGUAAUACAGGGGUAAUUCUUAAUAACGAAAUGAAUGAUUUCGCAGUUCCCGGAGAACCAAAUAUUUUUGGAUUAUGGCCUUCACCAUAUAAUUUUGUUGAUGAAUUAAAAGCUUCGGAUUUAGGUUUAUCCAUAAUCCGAUCCGACCCGAGCUGCUUGGAACACAAUCAUACUAAUUUAACACCUGGAAAGAGGCCUCUGUCAUCGACAGUUCCAACAAUAGUUGAAAAUGAAGAUGGAGAAUUGGAAUUAGUAAUUGGUGGUAGUGGUG